AUCGGAUAUCAAAAUUCCCGGCGCCACCAGCUCAGCACCCAGCUGAUAUCCCAGAGACGCAGAAUACUCAGUCAUCGGCAGGAUACGAGAAUUGUAAACUAUCUAUGUUUGCAGUCGUAUCAUCCGAAGAGCGUCGGGGUGGGGAACGUGGGGCAAUACUUCAUCGAUCUAUGAUGUCUUGCUGUCGUCUACAAGAAAAAAAGUCCACCUUCGAAGCCAUCACCAGUCGUGAUACGAUCGAUUCAAGAGCAUAAACAUUUUCAUCACUCAAAGACACUGAUAUCGAACCUAAACCAUGCCACGCAAGCGCAAAGCAUCGCCCAUAACCGAGAGCCCAUCAUCAUCAAAGAAGUCCGAACAGGACAACAACAACACCAAAUAUCUCUUCGAACCAUACCCUCCAUCCAAGGUUUAUCGCCUCAUAGAACCAGGACCUGUCCUCCUUGUCUCGACAGGCUCUCUCGCCGAAUCAACCUACAACCUCAUGACAAUCGGCUUCCACAUGAUGCUGCAGCAUGACUCCCCGCCCCUAAUCAGCGCCUGCAUUGGGCCAUGGAAUACAAGCUUCGAGGCUCUCAAGGAAAGCGGGGAAUGCGUCCUCGCUAUUCCAGAUGCGCGCAUCGCGCAGAAAGUCGUGGACAUCGGCAAUUGUGAUGGCGAUGAGGUGGAUAAGUGGGAGGCCUUUGGGAUGGGUGCGCUUCCUGCGGCUUCGGUGAAAGCGCCACUCGUCAGUGCUGGUGAUGAUGGGAUUAUUGCGAAUGUUGAGUGUGUUGUUGUGGAUAGGAGUAUAGUCAAGAAGUAUAGGAUGUGGGUUCUUAAAGUUGUCAAGGCCUGGGUGAGCCCUGGAUUUAGGGAAACUGGAAGAAUGUUUCAUCAUCGCGGAGAUGGGACGUUCUCUGUAGACGGGGAAGUGCUGGAUUUACAAGACAGGAUGGUUAAGUGGAAAGAAUUCCAGGAUUAAACUACAUUGCAACUAUAUAUAUAUAGAUAUGUAUAUUGUCUGGGACAGCUUGAUGAUUGUGUUUUCACAAGUCAGGCAGGAAUCUAGAAAUGUUGCCGAAAGCUAAAUCCUGUUUCUUGACUUUAAAAUAGACUAGUUUAGCCCAAUUUUAUAUAUAAUCUCA